AGACUAGGCUGAGCAUCUUUGUGUUUGGGUGUUUUAUUUAAUUUUUUUUUAAAUCACAUUACUUUUCUAAUCCACUUUAUGAAUAAUAUGUGAAGCUGAGCAUGAAGUGAUGGUCUAACUGGAGUUGAAAGUCUUGGGUUUGCUUGGCUUACAAUUUUAUUUCUUCUGUUUGAGCAAGUAAAUAACUUUAAUACACAGAAAUAUUUCAAGUUUUCAGAUGUAAGAAAGGCUUUGGAAUAUGGCUUUUGGAGAUCACUGUGGAUUAAGAUGCCUUUUGUUCACUGCUGUUUAGAUUCCUUUUGCUUGAGGGGGGCAGAAAUAGUGAACUAUCUGGAAUCCAGCUUUCAAACUUAACCGAGAAGAUUAUUCUGGUUAAGAAGCUAGGUUGUGUAAUUAAUUCCACUGUGAGACUUUAUUCCUGAAAACAUUCGGCAAGCAUUACUGAAAGCAGCAUACAGCUGUAGUGCUUUUGAAACUGGAGAAUUUUUGUUGUUGGUUUUUUUUUUUUGUUUUGUGUUUUGUUUCUUAAGAAGGAAGAAAGAAAGAGAACUUUUGUUCCUAGGAGAAUAGCUUGACCAGUUUCCUCGUUUCUCUUUCAAAUAUGUAUUUAAGAGAUCUUUUAUUUCAUCAUAACAAUAAUUAUUUGCAGGGGUUUCUGUGUUAGUGACUAAUUUAGAACUUGUAGAUGGGAGCUGCCUGAAUUGGCCAGACAGCUGUAAUCGCACUCCUCUAUUCUUAAUCUCUUUAUCUGGGCAGCAGCUGCCAUAUGGCCACAGUCAGCUGGAUCAGAUGUUUAUAAGCUUCCUUCUUCGUCCCUCUCUGUCCUCUCAGCCUCCUAAUUUGAUCACAGCUACCUUGUGAGCUGCCCUCCAAUCUUUAUUUUUAGCCCUCUCAAGGAUUAGGAUUGAUGUUAGCUGUGGGGCACUUAAAGUGAUUGUAUUGUAAAUCUUGGUUUAUUCUAUUGGUGGUGUCUUUCAGAAGGUAUCGGGUUAGGAUGGAAGUUUCACUGUGUCUCAGCAUAGUGCGGGGGGAGAGAAGUCAUUUCUGAAUAUUAACUCCACAUCCAUCCUCAGAUGCACUUGCUGAGAUAGAUAGUGGGGAGCCUUGCCUUUGGUCCCAGGAUGGGGAAAUGGGCUCCGCUGAUCUUAAAGGAGUUUUAGCCACUACAGUUGAAUUUUGACUGACCGAUCUUUGCCUUCCCUUCUUUCACUACCCUCCCUUGCCAGAAAACAUGGCAAAGAUGCAGAAUUGGAAGAAUAAAAGGUUAUGAAGACAGUAUGGAGUUUCCAGACCACAGCAGACAUUUGCUGCAGUGUCUGAGCGAGCAGAGGCACCAGGGCUUUCUUUGUGACUGCACUGUUCUGGUGGGAGAUGCCCAGUUCCGGGCACACCGAGCUGUACUGGCUUCAUGCAGCAUGUAUUUCCACCUCUUUUACAAGGACCAGCUGGACAAAAGAGACAUUGUUCAUCUGAACAGCGACAUUGUGACAGCCCCCGCUUUCGCUCUCCUGCUUGAAUUCAUGUACGAAGGGAAACUCCAGUUCAAAGACUUGCCCAUUGAGGACGUGCUAGCAGCUGCCAGUUAUCUCCACAUGUAUGACAUUGUCAAAGUCUGCAAAAAGAAGCUGAAAGAGAAAGCUACCACAGAGGCAGACAGCACCAAAAAAGAAGAAGAUGCUUCAAGUUGUUCGGAUAAAGUCGAGAGCCUCUCAGACGGCAGCAGCCACAUGGCAGGUGACCUGCCCAGUGAUGAAGAUGAAGGCGAAGAUGAUAAAUUGAACAUUCUACCCAGCAAAAGGGACUUGGCAGCUGAGCCUGGGAACAUGUGGAUGCGAUUGCCCUCAGACUCAGCAGGCAUCCCCCAGGCUGGCGGAGAGGCCGAGCCACACGCCACAGCAGCUGGAAAAACAGUAGCCAGCCCCUGCAGCUCAACAGAGUCUUUGUCCCAGAGGUCUGUCACCUCCGUGAGGGAUUCGGCAGAUGUUGACUGUGUGCUGGACCUGUCUGUCAAGUCCAGCCUUUCAGGAGUUGAAAAUCUGAACAGCUCUUAUUUCUCUUCACAGGACGUGCUGAGAAGCAACCUGGUGCAGGUGAAGGUGGAGAAAGAGGCGUCCUGUGAUGAGAGUGAUGUUGGCACUAAUGACUAUGACAUGGAACAUAGCACUGUGAAAGAGAGUGUGAGCACUAACAACAGGGUACAGUAUGAGCCGGCCCACCUGGCUCCUCUGAGGGAGGACUCGGUCUUAAGGGAGCUGGAUCGGGAGGACAAAGGCAGCGAUGAUGAGAUGAUGACCCCAGAGAGCGAGCGGGUCCAGGUGGAAGGGGGCAUGGAGAGCAGUCUGCUUCCCUAUGUCUCCAAUAUCCUGAGCCCCGCGGGCCAGAUCUUCAUGUGCCCCCUGUGCAACAAAGUCUUCCCCAGCCCCCACAUCUUGCAGAUCCACCUGAGCACGCACUUCCGCGAGCAGGAUGGCAUCCGCAGCAAGCCUGCCGCCGAUGUCAAUGUGCCCACGUGCUCCCUGUGUGGGAAGACUUUCUCCUGCAUGUACACCCUCAAGCGCCAUGAGAGGACUCACUCGGGGGAGAAGCCCUACACGUGCACCCAGUGCGGCAAGAGUUUCCAGUACUCGCACAACCUGAGUCGCCACGCAGUGGUGCACACCCGCGAGAAGCCCCAUGCCUGCAAGUGGUGCGAGCGCAGGUUCACGCAGUCCGGAGACCUGUACAGACACAUCCGCAAGUUCCACUGUGAGUUGGUGAACUCCUUGUCGGUCAAAAGUGAAGCACUGAGCUUGCCCACUGUCAGAGACUGGACCUUAGAAGAUAGCUCUCAAGAACUUUGGAAAUAAUUUUAUAUAUAUAUAUAUAUAAAUUAUAUAUAUAUAUAUACAUAUACAUAUAUAUAUAUACAUAGAUCUCUAUAUAGUUGUGGUACGGUCUAAAAGCAGUCUUGUUUCCUGGAACUGAAAAGUUGGGAUCUUAACUUGUUUUUGCACUUUAGAAUAAUAGCAUGAGAAUCUCACUAAUUUAGCAUUCUGAUAAAAGAAAGUAGAGCAAGUCACAAGUAGAGAGUUGUCUUUCUUUUGAGGGUUAGGCCAAGUUAGCCAAUAAAACCUUCUCAACAAAUGGUUCUGUCACAAAACGCUUUCACAUGGCUUACUUUUGUACACACUGCAUUGUCUUGAGCGCUUUCCCUGUGCGCCACACUGUUUUGUUUGGUUUUGUUUCCAGAGUAGAAAUCCCUCCAGUUUAUUAGCCUCUUUAUAUGUCUCAAAUUGCAUGAACAUUUUCUGGCUGUUGGAAACCUGAAUGCUUUUAGACCCAAAUGGAAAAUUUCUGAAAUGCUGGAUUAUCUAUUUUUAAACAAGCAGUUGACUUAAAACUUUCUGUGGCAACUUCUGGUUUUCUGAUGGUCCCCAGUGAGAGAAAUCUGACAGUACACUGGGUCACUGGGACUGUCGCUGUGAAGGUUUGCUUGAGAUGAAAAAGGAUAUUGCAGCUUCAGCAGUGUUGAACUGUGUGUUUAAAAUGUGAAUUACUGUUCUUGUAUACUGUAAUUGAUUACACGGGCUGGGGGGGGUGUCAAAGGACUUGACAGGUUGUGUUGAUGCUCUUAGUUGAGUCUUGAAAAGUAAAUAUUAACGCUACAGAAAUGCAUGAGUUUCAAUAUAUUUUUUGUCUUUGUUUGCAUUGUAUAACUUUAACGAGUGAGUUUAAAAUUAUUUAAUUUCCUUAGAAAAAUAGCACCAUUUGGGAAAAAAACUGGUGUUACGAAGAACAUAAAUGCACUGUUUUUAUUUUUAUUUUUAUUUUAUAUAAUUUAAAUUGACUUUUCCCAUGUCUUUAAGUUUGAAACUGUUAAGCUGAAUAAAAACUUAAGCUGCAAAUUGAUAACUUCGCUACAUUACAAGGAACAUAUAAAUGUUUACAAACGGCUUAAAGAAUUGCAUGUGCAGUGUGCAUUCAUACCACACUUGUAAUUGCACAGAACCCAUGCCAGCUCAGAGUUUAGGUGUACACACGUACCCAGCCGAGUGUUUUUAGAAUAACUACUGCACAAAUUGACAAUAGGUCAUAGGUCAUUCUCUCUCUCUCCCUCCCUUUUGCUUCCCUUUUCUUUUUCUCCCCUAUUUCCUUUCCUUCCCCUACCCCCUAACCCAUGAAAAGAUUCUACGGACUGAAAAAGCCCCAGGCUGAAAGGACCGAACGCCUUGAUUGACGUGGGGAAGGGGUUAGUAGACUGUGUCGGCAGCAGAGGCUGCAGCCCGACGUUUGGUUCUGAUGGCCAGCGUGCAGGGCAGAAGCGUUUUGCACACUGUUUGUUUUCCUGUCUUGCACUUACAAAUAAGGUCUAUGGGAGUAGCAUGGAAAACGAUUGUUGUUUUUCCCUUUUUCUUUUUUAAUUGCUUUUGUUUAAAAUUUGAUCGCCUUAACUACUGUAAACAUAGCCUAUUUUUGUGCUUAAGAUACUGAAUGGAAAACUCCAUUGUGUGUUGCUGGACUGUUUUGGAAAUAUUUGGUCAAAUGUAUGUUAAUUUGGCUGUAAUGGCAUUUAAAGCAAACAAACAAACAAACAAAAAAAGCUGUGAAAUGGCCUUGGAGCAUUAUCUUUAGUUACUUGAAGAGUUUCUAGUUUUUUUUUUAAUACAGUUUAUGUUAAAAUAAUCUUUAUUAAUUUAGAGAAGACAAUCAAUGUCUGUGAAAGAACGGACUCUUGGAUUUUUUUUUUUUUUUUUUUGUGGUCAUUGUGAGUGAUUGCUUUUUCUUUUUCUUAGUUUCACAUUCUUCCUUUGUUCUAAAUCUUAGACUGACAUCUAGCUUUGACAAUCAUAGUAUGUUUUAUUUCCUGAGGGGGAAUAACUUAUAAUGCUGUUUAGUUUUGUACUAUUGGUGUGUUGGUGAAUUUUUAAACUGUGUGCUAACUGCAAUAAAUUAUAUGAACUGAGAA